AUGCACUGCGAAGUGGCCGAGGCGCACUCGGACAAGAGGCCGAAGGAUGUCCCCGGCGUUUCCGGCCCAGGCUGCGGGCCGCUUGGCCUCGGCGCGCAUAUGGCUUUCAGAGUCACCGUGAGCGGCGGCAGCUGCGGCGAUGGGGGCUCGCGGGACCUGCUAUCCCGGACGCUCGCGCCGCCGCAGCGCGCCCACGAUCUCCUCCGGCCCCGAAGUCCCCGAGAUUACGGUCUGUCCAAAGCCACCGCCACCGCCGCCGGGAAGGUGAACGGGAGCUACGGCCACUGCACCCCAGGCUCAGAGAAGAAGAGCCUGCUGGACACGGAUCUUGUUGAGGGCCCUGGCCCCACCUGCCACCAGGGCCUGUUUCUCCCCGUGGGAACCCCACCGCCCCGUGUUCAUCCCCCAGCCUGCGAGAGGCUGCUGCAUUUGCCCCACCCUGACAACAGGUCACCCAGACCCCAAACCACAUAUGUGAAUGGCGGCCUCCCAGCCGCACAGCACAUCAAGCAGGAGGCCCUGCCUGACUACCAGGCCAUGGUGGAAGCUCGCACACCCCUGUCUGCCCACUGCCGGGUCCCGCCAGCCACUGGCCUGCACACAGACCUGGACCUGUCGGGCCGAGGCCUCGCCAACCCCGCACCUUCCUGCUACCUUCUGGGCAGUGAGCCCAGCUCUGGCCUAGGCCCCCCACCUGAGGCCCAUCUCCCCGAGGGCAGCCUGAAGCAUUGCUGCCUCUUGGGCCUGCCUGCCACCUCCUCAGCCUCCUCUUCACCCUGUGCCUCUUCUGAGGGCCUCAACCUCACCUCCAUCAUCCGUUCCUCCCAGACGGCUCUGGUCACCUGUGUGAAUGGACUCCGGAGCCCCCCUCUGCCAGGAGACCUGGGGGGCCCCUCCAGGCGGGCCCGGCCUAGCCUUGCAGCCACUGAGAGCCACGAGGGUAGCUUGCAACUUGAAACUUGCCCGAAGGGGAGCUUCCUGAAGCAGGAGCCUGCGGACGAGUUCUCAGAUCUCUUCGGGUCUCAUCAGCAGGGCCUGCCGCCCCCCUACCCUCUGUCUCAGUUGCCACCCGGCCCAGGCCCUGGAGGCCUGGGGCUGGGCCUGGUAGGCAGGGUCGUGGCCGGGCGGCAGGCAUGCCGCUGGGUGGACUGCUGUGCAGCCUACGAACAGCAGGAGGAGCUGGUGCGGCACAUCGAGAAGAGCCACAUUGACCAGCGCAAGGGCGAGGACUUCACCUGCUUCUGGGCUGGCUGCGUGCGGCGCUACAAGCCCUUCAACGCCCGCUACAAGCUGCUCAUCCACAUGAGGGUGCACUCUGGCGAGAAGCCCAACAAGUGCAUGUUUGAGGGCUGCAGCAAGGCCUUCUCGCGGCUGGAGAACCUCAAGAUCCAUCUGAGGAGCCACACGGGCGAGAAACCAUAUCUGUGCCAGCAUCCAGGCUGUCAGAAGGCCUUCAGCAACUCCAGCGACCGCGCCAAGCACCAACGCACCCACCUCGACACGAAGCCGUAUGCCUGUCAGAUCCCCGGCUGCUCCAAGCGCUACACAGACCCCAGCUCCCUCCGCAAGCACGUGAAGGCCCAUUCAGCCAAAGAGCAGCAGGUGCGUAAGAAGCUGCACAUGGGCCCUGAUCCUGAGGCCGAUGUCCUGACCGAGUGCCUGGCUCUACAGCAGCUCCAUGCAUCCACACAGCUGACUGUCAGCGAUGGCAAGGGUGGCCGCGCCCUAGACCAGGAGCUGCUCCCAGGCGUGUAUCCUGGCUCCCUCACCCCCCAUAACGGGCUGGCAUCGGGGAUUCUUCCCCCCACGCAUGAUGUCCCUUCCAGGCACCACCCCCUGGACGCCACCGCUGGUUCCCACCAUCUGCCCCCUCUGCCCACAGCUGAGAGCACCAGGGACGGGUUGGGGCCUGGCCUCCUCUCACCCCUGGUCAGCCCGCUGAAGGGGCUCAGGCCACCGCCGCUGCCACCGUCCUCCCAGAGCCAUUCUCCGGGGGCCCAGCCCUUCUCCUCGCUUCCCAGCAAGCCACCCUACCCACCUUUUCAGAACCCCGCGCCCACACCUCUGCCCAGCCCGCAAGGGUACCAGGGUAGUUUCCACUCCAUCCAGAGUUGCUUCCCCUAUGGUGACUGCUACCGGACAACCGAGCCAGCAGCCAGCGGGGACGGACUGGCAGGGGAGGCCCACAGUUUCAACCCCCUGCGGCGCAAUGGCUACCACAGCCUAAGUGCGCCUUUACCCGCCACAGGCUACGAGGCCCCGUGCCCCACAACGUUGCUACCACAGCCACCUGAAGACAUGGUGUCCAGUGGCCCUGAGGACUGUGGCUUCUUUCCCAAUGGGGCCUUUGACCACUGCCUGAGUCACAUCCCCUCCAUCUACACAGACACCUGA